CCUCGUCACUCUAUAAUAACAAUACAAGAUGGGCUUCAAUAGUAUUCUCAGACUCUCACCUCUUUCCUCUUCCAAUUCCAUUGUACUCCUUAACCCCGGAACCACACAUACCUUCUUCUCUACCCUCCGUCGUCCUCUUCAUUCUUAUCCUAAUCGUCGUCCUACUUCACUGUUCAAUACUCACUCCAACAUCUUCUCGUCGAAGCCCAUCAUUAUCCCCGCACUUAAGCGUGGUUUUCGUGGUGGAAUUGUGGCCAUGGCUGCUCCUGGGUCUGUUCAGAAAUCGGAGGAAGAGUGGCGGGCUGUUCUCUCCCCUGAACAGUUUAAUAUUCUCAGACAAAAGGGCACUGAGUAUCCAGGAACAGGAGAAUAUGACAAGUUCUUUGAUGAGGGAAUCUACAACUGUGCAGGUUGUGGCACUCCUCUCUACAAGUCCACAACGAAAUUUAAUUCUGGGUGUGGCUGGCCCGCCUUCUAUGAGGGUCUUCCAGGAGCCAUAAAUCGCACGCCGGACCCAGAUGGAAGGAGGAUAGAGAUAACAUGUGCAGCAUGUGGGGGACAUCUGGGUCAUGUUUUUAAAAAUGAAGGAUUCCGAACUCCUACCAAUGAACGCCACUGUGUGAAUAGCAUUUCGCUCAAGUUUGUACCCGCCAAUUCUUCUUAAUGUUCUCAGCCAUAUGUAUCACCAAUGCGUGCUCUAAAUUCCAUAAGAUGAUUAUGCAAUGUAUUCAGACUGCAACUUAGCUCCAUUGACUAAUGACUCCCUACAUGGUUUUGAAUGAGCUGAUUCUUAGUAUAAAUGAGCUGUUCUUGCAGUUCAUAGUUGAGUAUGUGUCAGAUUCAGAUGUAAGUAUCUUUCCCCAGGGGUGUGUGUGUGUGUGUGUGUUUUUUUUUUUUUUUAAAAAAAUAUUUUAUUUAUCUUUUGUAAUAAUAAGAUUAUAGUACUUAGUUUUGUAAUGAAUUUGUGAAUGUUGCAAAAGGAUGACAAACCUCCUUUUCUGAGGGGCUUCCAUGCUUAAGACAGGGAGUAGUGGCCAUUUGCAUAUACAUGUAGACAAGUAUUUGUUGUAUUCCAAAAACUAUUAGAAGGACACCAAAAUUAUAUUUCUCUCUA